UCGCGGGAAAAUAAAAUAAUUCAGUCGCGUUAAUUUGGUAAGUGGAGGCGCCUUACCAUUGCAAAUCAAAAACUAAAUGCUAUCGUAUAUGAAAAAAUAUAUUAAAAAUAACUUAAGUAUUAAUCGAAACCGAGACUUCAUUCUCUUCACUUCACUCUCUUCACAUUCCUCAAAAUCAAAACCGACUCAUCGAAGUUCUUCAGAGUUCUCUCGAGUCGAAGCUUCAAUUGGUAUGAGUUUCGAUUUGAUUCUGAGUUUAGAAUAGAGACUGGUUCUCUCGAGUCGAAUCUCUUUGAUUUUGGGUUUCUCUUUGAUUCAAAUCUCUUUUCACAUGCAUGUCCGCGUUAACACAUGAUUCGAUUUUGAUUGUGGGUUUCGAUUAGGUUUCGAUUAGGUUUUGAAUAUGAUUGUGGGUUUCGAUUAGGUUUUGAAUAUGAUUGUGGGUUUCAGUUUGAUUUUGAAUAUGAUUGAAGGUUUCGAUUUGAUUUUGGGUUUAGAUUUUUUGAUCGAAUGGCUUGAUUUGAUUUUGGAUUUGUUUAUCAGUUUCAGAAAUGGCAAAGACAAGAGGACAAGUUGGUUCUCGUCGGAGUAGACGUAAUCAAGGCUUGGAGGUAGUAGAUCAAGAGGACAAGGCACCGCAACUAAAAGUGAAGAAAAGAACAGCAAAGAAAACGGCUUCCCCUAAAAAGAAUUUAGUUUUAACGCCAACGAGAAGAAGUAGUAGAAUCAAGAAAGUGGCUGCUGAAGAUGAUUACAUAGAAGAUGUAACACCAUCUGACGAUGAUGAGGUAGAAGAUGUUACACCUCCUAAGGAUGAUGAAGUACAAGAUGUAACACCUGCUCAGGAUGAUGAAGUAGAAGAUGUAACACCCGAAGAUAAGGAUGAUCAGGCUGAGAAGUCAAUGUCUGAAGAAGAUAAAGACGAUGAAGAGGAUGUCAAUGGGAAAGAGGAUGAAGAAGAUGGCGAUGUCAAUGGGAAAGAGAAUGAAGAAGAUGGAGAUCUCAAUGGGAAAGAGAAUGAAGAAGAACCGGCCAAUAUGGAAGAUGAUGGAGUUCUUAAUGAGAAAGGGAACGAAGAGGAAGCUUGCGAAGAAGAAGCUCGCGAUAUGGAAGAAGAUGGCACUGCGCAAGAUGAUGAGAUUCCUAGUACUGAAGGAGUUGAGCUAGCAGGGGAGGAAGUUCAAAAAAAAAAUAAAAGAGGACCUACAAAGUUGCGUAGAGUGGCUGAAAAUCCCAAUGAUAAGAUUAUGGUCACAUUCAAUGACAUUGGUGAGCAUGUUGGACCUGGUUCAGUAACCCUAUCGUCGUUUCUUGGUCCUCUUGUGAGGGAACAUGUUCCGGUUACACUUGCCGAUUGGAGAAAACUUGAUGCAGCGACUAAAGCAACAAUGUGGGAAGAAAUUCAGGGGAGGUUUAACUUGCAAGAAGAGUGGCAGAAAGCUGUUAUUUUCAAGCAGCUGGGAAAUGUGUGGAGGGCUGGGAAGUCGAGGCUGGUGUCACAAGUACGUGUGGCGAAGACUGCAGCUGAGAGAAUAGCUUUAAAACCGAGCAACAUCCCAUCCCUUCAACUGUGGAACACUUGGGUUAAGAGUAAGACUACCAAAUCUUUCACAGAAACGAGUAACAAGUACAGAGCGAUGAGAAGAAAUCAGAUUCCUCACACCACCAGCCGCAAAGGAAUGCUUCGUUUAGCUGAUGAUAUGGUAAAAGAGUAGUCAAACAUCUACAUAUUGUACAUCAGCUUGUUAGAUUAAAAUGGUAGUGAGAUAUGUUUGUUUUCAUAUAGAAAAAAAAGAGUAAAGACCCAAGUAAGGUGAGUAGAUCCAAGGUUUGGAUUGCGGGACACACUCAUGCUGAUGGCAGACCUGUGAAGCCCCAGUUUGCUGAGACUAUUGUAAGCAUUAUGGAAGUUGUAUAUUGUGUAUAGUUAAUAGACUAUGGCAAUGAAUGAUUUUGUGUUUAAAUGAUUGUAUCAGGAACAAAUACAGUCACUUGACAGUCGGAUGGACUCCACAUCAGCUGCUGAUAACAUAAGGGAAGAUGCUGUGAGCAAGGUUUUGGGAAAAGACAAACCUGGACGAGUAAGGGGCUUUGGUAGAGGGAUUACAGCUAAUAAGCUAGCAUAUCUGCAAUUUAGAGACGCUAAGAUUGCAGAAAUGAAAAGUGAGAUUGAAGAGUUAAAGGGGAUGGUGCGAGAAUUAGCUGAGAAGAAGGUAAUCCUUUUCAUUACCUUUGGUCAAUUAGUUUUAAGACAUUUACGAUUUCCGUUGCCUUUUCUCAGAAAAGUAAUGUUGAUGCUGAAACAUCUGAGAGUAGUGGUGGAUUCAAAGAAGGAGUCAGAGUACAAAUACUGGAUUGGAUUGAAUCAGAGGAUGUUGUUGUUGGUGAAGGAGAAUUCUGCUCUGCUGAACCGAAGUACAAAAUUGGUCGUAUACCAAUUGGUCCUAAUGCAGUGGCUAUCGUAGUUAAGUAUGCACUAAGCGCAUCAGCUUCACUCUGGAGGCCUACUACGGAUGUGUUAACUCUUGAUGAAGCUGUGGGAUACAAGAUAUCUUGGCCAAUGGAUAAAGUGAUUUUGGAUAAGGAUCCAAACUGUUCUGAAGAUUUAUCUAUGGUAAAUUUUCAAAUCUUGUUUUCUUCUUACAACAAUUGAGUCAUCUCUAAUCAUUACUAAAAUUUCUAAUUUCAAAUCUUGUUUUAGCAAAGCAAGGAAGGUGAAUAUCGAAGAUGCAAGAUAUAUGAUUGGACCAAUGAUGAGGACGAGGUCAUUGCUGAAGGUCUCGUGUGCUCUUCAAAAUCCAAAGACAUGGUUAACAACAUACCUCUGGGUCCCAAUGCUGUUAGUGUCGAAGUAGUGAAGGUGUUCAAUGAUCAAGCAUAUUUGUGGAGGCCAACCGCUGAUAUGUUCUUGAUUGGUGAUGCACUUAGCGAGAAAAUAGCAUGGCCAGUCCUAAAGGUUGAAGUCAUGCCUACACCCGCUACAGAAGUAACACCAACUAAAUGUGCAGGGAAGAAAAUAGCAUCACCUUCGAAGCCA